ACCUAUGCGAAGCGUUUUAUUAAAUUACGACGUUUGGCGCCUCUUUAGCCUAAAGGUCAUGUGUCCGCUGGAUUUCAUUCACUGGACUGAUUACAGCGCCUAAACGCAAUUAAAACUUUAAAUUCGCCCGAGAAAACGUGAGCUAGCAGCAAAAGCGAAUGCGACAUGCGAUGCAUUUUUCUUUCUGAAACUCGUAUGAGCCCACCAGUGCUUAUUUCACUGCACACGAAACACCAGCAUCUGAAGGCUGGCACCUCCACGUAAUUGCUCUUUAUUACUUUUAAACUUAAAACCUUAUUUUAUUUUAAGCCCCCAGGAGUCUCCGCUCCCCCCCGUGGGCCUGAGGUAGGUUGAGCGGCGGGGUCACGAGUGUGCGUGGAGGUUGAAGGCGAAGAAGCUUGUGUCCGGCAUAUAUAGAUAAAGAUACGCCGCCUCCGACUGGCAGUGUGUUAAGAUGGUGACAGUAGCGAGGUCCCUGGUGGCCAAGCUGCUGGCCCCACUGUGGAGAAAGGCGGAGGAAGAGGAAGGUGAGGAAGGACUGAUCACUUCUGGCGUGGAGGAGAUCCGGCACCUCCACAGCGGAGUGGUGACGCGGCUGUGCCAGGACUACGGCCUGAUCGACGAGCUCGUGUGCUUCACGGCCGCCGAGGUGCUGGGCGGCCUGUCCGUGGGCGCUGGGGACCAGGUGCGCGCCGUCGCCGUGAGAGACCGCGCCGCGGGGGGCUGGAGGGCGCUGCAGGUGGAGCGGGUCACAGACUCCUGGGAGGAGGCCGGGGGCAAGACGGUCGAUUCCGAAACCAGUCCGCUCAAGUCUCUGAUUGGGAUGGUGACCUCAUGCGAGCGGGAGGGCGGGUUCAUCAAUCACACUACCUACUUCCCCCAGCAGGCGCUGUGCGAUGGGUUCAAGCCCGUGAAGGGAGAUUGGGUACAAGCUCAGUACUUCGUCAGCCAAACCCAGUGGGCAAGUCAGGCCAAGUCUGUUGCCCCACUGCGGUACCAUCGGAUAGACCAGGUGUCCGUGUCCAGUGUUCAUGGGCGUACUGGCGUGGUGGACGACAAGGUUUUCUUCACCUUGGACUCCCUCCUGUUGCCAGACCAGUACACGCCUGGCGCUGGCGACCUGGUCACUGUGGUGGUGGUGGAGAGCUCCCAGUCGAUGUACUGCUGGAGGGCCCUGUGCAUGGCGCCUAGCGACCGCAGCGCGUGUGCGAGGUCCCCGGUCCAGCCUGCUCCAGAGUGGGAGAACCAGAGCCUGCUGCUGAACAAGGGGGAUCUCGAGGUCGGCACCGACACGGACUUCGGCAGGCUGCUUCUGGGUCAGGGCAGGGCGCUGCAGGUCUGGAUAGAGAAUAAGGGCACAGAGACUCGGCACCUUCAGGGCUGCGAGUUCGCAGGCAGGGACCCUGAGGGCCAGUUCACGCUCUGCUUCCCCAGAGAAGAAACUGUGCCCCAGGAGAUGGAGACUCCAUCGCCCCCUAGUGGCCCCGUCCAUAUGGGACAUCUGCCCCAGCGCCAGGGCUUUCUCGGGGGCUACGGUCCCCUCCGCAGACCCUACCUGGGCUCGGUGCUCAGGCCGCCGUGCUCGAUCUCCGGAGGAGGGCAGUGCCCGUACCCGGUUCUCCGUCUCCCGGGCCCUCCAGGUGGUGGAGAGGGGGCAGCCCGGGAGGAGGUCGAAGGAGGGGGAGGGCCGCCUGCCCUGGACCAGGGGCCGGGGGGAAGGGUGUGUGAAAAGCUCAGCGCCGGUCCUGACGAGGCGGAGCCAGCGGGGACCACCAGGAGCGAGAUCGCGAUCCCUCCGGGACAGAGAGUGUGCGUUUCAGUGCGGUGCCAGGCCAGGAGCCUGGGCCGCUGUACGGAGAUCCUCCUGCUGCACUUCCCCGGUUUCACCAUCAAGAGGCGCCUGCAGGCCCGAGUCGGCAGCGUGGAGGAGAGUCUGCUGCAGCCGGCGUCGCCGUAUUGCCCUGCCCAGCCAGCGCUGAGAGCAAGGGGCGCCGAGACCCUCACUGUCCUGCCUGGACCUGCCCCGUCGCGGACCCUGAGGCGGCACCUGCCCAGUUUCCUGGGCCACUACCCGGUGCCUCAGCGGCUGCGGGACUGCGUGUGGGCGAGCGGCGACGUGCUGGUGGCGCACCCCGAGCUGGGGCAGCCCCUGUCCGUGGAGACCCUGCAGCCGCGGUUCUCGGUCCUGCUGUGGCUGGAGGAGCUGAAGGCGGAGAGGGAGCUGCAGGAGUUCGGCCUCGGAGGCGCCAUCCUCAGGAAGAGCGGCGAUCACCUGCAGCUGGAGGUGCCCGGCGUGGCCGAGGGGCGGCCCAGCGUCACCGUAGGAGACAAGGUCCUGCUGAAGAAGCUGCUGAGCGGGGGGGUCCAGGUGGAGUACAUUGCCUACGUCACGGAGAUCAGUGAGGAGGAGCUGACUCUCAGGGUGAACAGCGAUUUCCAGCGCAGUUACAUGGGAGAGCCGCUGGAUGUCGAGUUCACCUUCAACAGGCUGACAAUGCGCCGCUGUCAUUGUGCGCUGGAGCAGUCCAGACACCUGGGGGAGACAGUUCUUUUCCCCAGCAGUGUCGUGCUCCAGCCCCCCCAGUGGAAUGAAGAUUGGGAGGAGGAGGACCAAGGGACAUCCCAGAGCGAUGGACGAGAUGUCAGGAUGCUCCUCAUGGACAUGGUUUCCGUGGCGACUCAGACAAAGACAGACUCCCGUCCUCAGUCUCGCCCAGUGCCGAGCCCAGGCUGCUUCUUUAAUCCGGCCUUGAACCCCCAGCAACGGGAGGCGGUGAAGCGGAUCCUGGUGGGAGAGUGUCGCCCCAUGCCUUACAUCCUCUUCGGCCCCCCGGGAACUGGCAAGACAAUCACGCUUAUCGAGGCCAUCCUCCAGGUUCAUCACCGUCUCCCCUCCAGCAGGGUGUUGGUGUGCACGCCCUCGAACAGCGCAGCCGAUCUGCUCUGCACUCGACUGCACUACAGCGGCUUCCUGCAGGGCGGCAGCCUGGUGCGCCUCAACGCCACCUGCAGGCUAGAGGAGUCUGUCGCAGAGGUGUUGCGGUCCUAUUGCCGAGCCGGAGAGGAUGUGCGUCAGGCUGCGUUCCACCGUGUGGUGAUCUCCACCUGCUCGUCCGCCGGCAUGCUGUACCAGAUAGGACUGCGGGUGGGCCACUUCACUCACGUGUUUAUAGACGAGGCAGGCCAAGCCAGCGAACCGGAGAUCCUGAUCCCCCUCGGGCUGCUGUCGGAAAGGGACGGGCAGAUCGUUCUGGCGGGUGACCCCUGCCAGCUGGGCCCCGUGGUGAAGUCCCGGCUGGCCUCCGCUUUCGGGCUGGGGGUGUCUCUGCUGGAGCGGCUGAUGGAGCGCCCCCUGUACCUCCGGGAUGAGCAGCGUUAUGGGAAGGGUGCCGCCUACAACCCUCUGCUGGUGGGUCAAGCCUCGGGGGGCUCACAUUUCCGUUCUUGAUCAGUCAUGUCCGCUCAAAGACAA